CCUUUGUGUUUCUAAAUCGUGUAGUCACUGUGGGAAACAGUCUCUCAUUAUAGCUAACAAGAAGUGGAGUUUGCAAGUUUUUGUGUUUAGGAAAACACCACAACACCUUCAGAAUGUCUAUUAUGUCCUAUAAUGGAGGGGCCGUCAUGGCCAUGCGGGGGAAAAACUGUGUGGCGAUAGCCUCAGACCGGAGAUUUGGCAUUCAGGCUCAGAUGGUCACCACAGACUUCCAGAAGGUGUUCCCAAUGGGAGAGAAGCUGUACAUCGGGCUGGCUGGACUGGCCACUGAUGUUCAGACAGUAGCCCAGAGGCUUAAAUUCAGACUAAACCUGUACGAGCUGAAGGAGGGUCGCCAAAUCAAACCCAAGACCUUCAUGAGCAUGGUGUCCAACCUGUUGUACGAAAGGAGGUUUGGCCCGUACUACAUUGAGCCUGUGAUUGCCGGACUAGAUCCCAAAACCUCAGAGCCAUUCAUCUGCUCCUUGGAUCUGAUUGGCUGCCCCAUGGUGACGGAGGACUUUGUUGUGAGCGGCACCUGUUCGGAGCAGAUGUACGGCAUGUGUGAAUCUUUGUGGGAGCCAGACAUGGAACCAGAGGACCUGUUUGAGACCAUUUCCCAGGCUAUGCUGAAUGCGGUUGACAGGGAUGCAGUGUCUGGUAUGGGCGUUGUUGUACAUGUCAUUGAGAAAGACAAGAUCACCACACGAACCCUGAAAGCCAGGAUGGAUUAGAGCUUCUGUUUCUACGCGCACACUUCACCAUCACACGUUUUGUAUAAAAAUAUUAAACAAUGCUUGUACUGUCUUUUUUUCUUCAAUAAAGUUAAACAUUGAACUUGA